GCCCCACCCUAGUGUGUGGCCAUGAUGUGUUAAUGUGAGGGUCCAGAUAUAGCCAGCUGGGAUGGGCAUCGGGUCUGGUUAGAGGUUCAAGGAGCAGGAGACACAAACCCCUCCCAGUCCCUGUUAUCCAGAUUCUUCUCUUUCUGCACUGGGGCCUGGCGUUGCCCAACUGAUUGAGGGUUCAAUCACUUCACUGUCCAUAAAGGGAAACAGGCUGCUCAAGGGAGCACAUUCUGCCCUGGGUCUCACGACCAGGCAGGAACCCUGCGUCUCGCGACCGGGCAGGAACCCUGGGUCUCGCGACCGGGCAGGAUCUGGCUCCACAGCUGGUAUUUCUGCCCUGUUCCCUCUUGAGGGGCUGGAAUCAGCCGAGGUUGGGGAUAGAGACCUCCGAGGGGUGGUUUGUGAAGGCACACACAGCUCCACAUGGCUCCUCCACCACUUCACUGGGGUUGAGCUACCGAGGAGGCCCUCACUGUUCUCUCUACCAUGAGUAUCCAGGCCAGAACAUUCCAUGCUCAGCAUUGGCUAUUUCAGUUUUGGUGGGAACAGCUGCCGGGAGCCCGCCCUGCCUGGAAUGAGAGGUCUUGCAUUUGUAUAGGAAGGUGUACUCGUGCUUAUGUUUAGGGAUGCACCUGUCUCCCUGCCCACCCAUGCCCAUGGCUCCCUCACCCUCGGCACAAGUGCUGCUAAGAGUUUUUAUCUACAUGGUCUCAGGAAAAACCAUCCCCAUCUGGUGCUGGGUGGGAAGUGGCUGAGUGGGGACUGGUAUACAGGUCUGCCCAUCUCCAAAGCCUGGAGGCAGCCUGGGGCGAGGUUGGGGGGGGCAGUUUCUAAGAAGGUUCUGGGCCAAGGUCCAUACAUUCCUUCCUUAGUUCAAUUUAUUCAUUCCACAGACUCCAGGGAGCCCUGGCAACCUGGUUAGAAUCCUGAUUGCAGCUUGUUGAAUGGCAGGAGGAGGCUUGAGGGCUGCCCCUCCAUGUACAGGGGAGCGCUGAGAUUCACCCACGUGCUCCCCAGGGCAGAGGUAACUGCUCAGAGCUGUUGCUGCUCUGCCCCUCCUCCCCCACAUACUUCAAGGAAUGCAGAAGGCAUGGUAUUUUCAGAUCAAGUGAGGGUCCCCAGGCCUUCCUGGCUCUGUCACUUAUUGACUGUGUGACCCUAGGCAAACCACUCAGCUUCUCUGUACCCCAGCAUGUGCCCAAUGCCCCUUCAGAACGCAGUAUGUGGCAUAAUGAAGGUAUGUGCUCAGAGCAGUGCUGGGCACGGAGCAGGAGCUUAACACGUGUGAAACCCCCUUCAACCUCCCCACACUGCACUGCUCCAGGCUGGGUGCCAGAGUGACCCUGAAACAGGCACUCAGCUUGUGACAAGGCUGGGGGCAGCUGGGGGUAGCUUCUGGCCUGAGAGAGACUAAUCAGAUGUACAGUGGGAAGGACUUCGUGGGGACCAUGGGAAGCUCCAAGGCUGGAGAGGGACUGGAGACCUUCUUCCCACCCUCUCCCCUCGUUUCAGACUCCCAGGCCCCAGAAGCAUCUCCUGGCUCUGCUUGGCUGCCCUCAUUGCGGGGAGAGCCCCUGUUCAGCCCUGCAACUCCCUCAAGGUCACCUGAGCCAGUUUAAUCUUCUUAGAGGCAUGAGACUGCCCACUGUCUCAGCCCUGUCACUGUUGAGUGGCCAGUGUAAGGACUUCGGGAGCUCAUAGGCUGCUGCACUCCCCCACCACAGGUCCCCCUGGGAGUGGUCUGGAGCCCCAAUACCCACUUCCACUCAUGUACUGCUCACCCAUCCUUUGCAACCUCCAGCUCCUUGUCUUAGUUCCACAAGCCAUGGGGAGCUGCCAGGGCAGAAUGAGAGCCAGGUCAUUCCUGAGUCCCUGAGUUCUGCUCUCAAAGGGCUCCCAGUCUAAUGGAAGGGGCAGACAAUGACAAGCUGGUGUCCUCUGUGUAUUAAUAGAGAUAGCACAUGGCAUGGCAUGAGGGGGAGGGGCAUUCCCAGAGGAGGCUCCUGAACAAGCCUGGGAACAUAGGGGAAGUUUCCUGGAAAAAGGAAUAUUUGAGCUGAGCACUGAAGCAUGAGCAGGUGCUUACCACACAGAUGAAUGAGUGGGAAGGGUGUUCCAUGCAAAAGGAACAGAGUGUGCAAAGGUGUGGCUGCAGACACUGGAGCCUGGGAGAUAAGUGAGACCAAGUCUGGAGCCACAGAAAAAGUAAUGUCCAGACCCAGAGGGCCAAGGAAUACCUCCUGGGCUGUGCUGGGGUCGAGGGAGUGCCAGGCCAACCAUCUCCCCACCUCCUGGAGCUGGCAGUCACGGAUGCUGAGCAGCUCCUAGCUUUCCAAAGUCAAUGAGUAACUUGGGGGGUUGGGCGGGGCCAGGCCUGCUGCUGUGGGCCCAGUGGCCUUUUCCACUCCUGAGCAAGCGUGGCUGAACCCUCCUACCUGCUCAAGUGCCCUGCCUUGCCCCACCCAGCCCAGCCUGGCCAGAGCCCCCUGGAGAAGGAGCUCUCUUGCUUGGCAGCUGGACCAAGGGAGCCAGUCUUGGGCGCUGGAGGGCCUGUCCUGACCAUGGUCCCUGCCUGGCUGUGGCUGCUUUGUGUCUCCGUCCCCCAGGCUCUCCCCAAGGCCCAGCCUGCAGAGCUGUCUGUGGAAGUUCCAGAAAACUAUGGUGGAAAUUUCCCUUUAUACCUGACCAAGUUGCCGCUGCCCCGUGAGGGGGCUGAAGGCCAGAUCGUGCUGUCAGGGGACUCAGGCAAGGCAGCUGAGGGCCCAUUUGCUAUGGAUCCAGAUUCUGGCUUCCUGCUGGUGACCAGGGCCCUGGACCGAGAGGAGCAGGCAGAGUACCAGCUACAGGUCACCCUGGAGAUGCAGGAUGGACAUGUCUUGUGGGGUCCACAGCCUGUGCUUGUGCAUGUGAAGGAUGAGAAUGACCAGGUGCCCCAUUUCUCUCAAGCCAUCUACAGAGCUCGGCUGAGCCGGGGUACCAGGCCUGGCAUCCCCUUCCUCUUCCUUGAGGCUUCAGACCGGGAUGAGCCAGGCACAGCCAACUCGGAUCUUCGAUUCCACAUCCUGAGCCAGGCUCCAGCCCAGCCUUCCCCAGACAUGUUCCAGCUGGAGCCUCGGCUGGGGGCUCUGGCCCUCAGCCCCAGGGGGAGCACCAGCCUUGACCACGCCCUGGAGAGGACCUACCAGCUGUUGGUACAGGUCAAGGACAUGGGUGACCAGGCCUCAGGCCACCAGGCCACUGCCACCGUGGAAGUCUCCAUCAUAGAGAGCACCUGGGUGCCCAUAGAGCCUAUCCACCUGGCAGAGAAUCUCAAAGUCCUGUACCCGCACCACAUGGCCCAGGUACACUGGAGUGGGGGUGAUGUGCACUAUCACCUGGAGAGCCAUCCCCCGGGACCCUUUGAAGUGAAUGCAGAGGGAAACCUCUACAUGACCAGAGAGCUGGACAGAGAAGCCCAGGCUGAGUACCUGCUCCAGGUGCGGGCUCAGAAUUCCCAUGGCGAGGACUAUGCGGCCCCUCUGGAGCUGCACGUGCUGGUGAUGGAUGAGAAUGACAACGUGCCUAUCUGCUCUCCCCGUGACCCCGCAGUCAGCAUCCCUGAGCUCAGUCCACCAGGUACUGAAGUGACUAGACUGUCAGCAGAGGAUGCAGAUGCCCCCGGCUCCCCCAAUUCCCACAUUGUGUAUCAGCUCCUGAGCCCUGAGCCUGAGGAUGGGGUAGAGGGGAGAGCCUUCCAGGUGGACCCCACUUCAGGCGGUGUGACACUGGGAGUGCUCCCACUCCGAGCAGGCCAGAACAUCCUGCUUCUGGUGCUGGCCAUGGACCUGGCAGGCGCAGAGGGUGGCUUCAGCAGCACGUGUGAGGUCGAAGUCGCAGUCACAGAUAUCAAUGAUCACGCCCCUGAGUUCAUCACUUCCCAGAUUGGGCCUAUAAGCCUCCCUGAGGAUGUGGAGCCCGGGACUCUGGUGGCCAUGCUAACAGCCACUGAUGCUGACCUCGAGCCCACCUUCCGCCUCAUGGAUUUUGCCAUUGAGAGGGGAGACACAGAAGGGACCUUUGGCCUGGAUUGGGAGCCAGACUCUGGGCAUGUUAGACUCAGACUCUGCAAGAACCUCAGUUAUGAGGCAGCUCCAAGUCAUGAGGUGGUGGUGGUGGUGCGGAGUGUGGUGAAGCUGGUGGGGCCAGGCCCAGGCCCUGGAGCCACAGCCACAGUGACUGUGCUGGUGGAGAGAGUGAUGCCACCCCCCAAGUUGGACCAGGAGAGCUACGAGGCCAGUGUUCCUAUCAGUGCCCCAGCCGGCUCUUUCCUGCUGACCAUCCAGCCCUCCGACCCCAUCAGCCGAACCCUCAGGUUCUCCCUAGUCAAUGACUCAGAGGGCUGGCUCUGCAUUGAGAAGUUCACCGGGGAGGUGCACACCGCCCAGUCCCUGCAGGGCGCCCAGCCUGGGGACACCUACACUGUGCUUGUGGAGGCCCAGGAUACAGAUGAGCCGAGACUGAGCGCUUCUGCACCCCUGGUGAUCCACUUCCUAAAGGCCCCUCCUGCCCCAGCCCUGACUCCUGCCCCUGUGCCCUCCCAAUACCUCUGCACACCCCGCCAAGACCAUGGCUUGAUCGUGAGUGGACCCAGCAAGGACCCCGAUCUGGCCAGUGGGCACGGUCCCUACAGCUUCACCCUUGGUCCCAACCCCACGGUGCAACGGGAUUGGCGCCUCCAGACUCUCAAUGGUUCCCAUGCUUACCUCACCUUGGCCCUGCAUUGGGUGGAGCCACGUGAACACAUAAUCCCUGUGGUGGUCAGCCACAAUGCCCAGAUGUGGCAGCUCCUGGUUCGAGUGAUCGUGUGUCGCUGCAACGUGGAGGGGCAGUGCAUGCGCAAGGUGGGCCGCAUGAAGGGCAUGCCCACGAAGCUGUCGGCAGUGGGCAUCCUUGUAGGCACCCUGGUAGCAAUAGGAAUCUUCCUCAUCCUCAUUUUCACCCACUGGACCAUGUCAAGGAAGAAGGACCCAGAUCAACCAGCAGACAGCGUGCCCCUGAAGGCGACCGUCUGAAUGGCCCAGGCAGCUCUAGCUGGGAGCUUGGCCUCUGGCUCCAUCUGAGUCCCCUGGGAGAGAGCCUGGCACCCGAGAUCCAGCAGGGGACAGGACAGAGUAGAAGCCCCUCCAUCUGCCCUGGGGUGGAGGCACCAUCACCAUCACCAGGCAUGUCUGCAGAGCCUGGACACCGACUUUAUGGACUGCCCAUGGGAGUGCUCCAAAUGUCAGGAUGUUUGCCCAAUAAUAAAGCCCCAGAGAACUGGGCUGGGCCCUAUGGGAUUGGUA